UCAAGUUUUAAUAUGACACAGCAGAUUCUCAUCAAAUUGAGAGAAACAGUUGCGCAUGCGUAACAAAUGAGGUCACAGGCCAGUCCAGAUUCAGCUAACAUCAUGCAGCGUUCAGUAUCACAAACUCAUUUCGUGUAACGUCCGCUGUUUGAAGUACAAAGGGAAAUUCAACUAUGGAGCGUUGGUCAGGUCGUGUUGCCGUGGUGACAGGAGCCAGUUCUGGGAUAGGAGCGGCCAUCGCCCAGGAACUCGUCAAGAAAGGGCUCAAGGUGGUCGGACUGGAUCUUCAGGUUCAAAGAAUGGAGGAGAUGUCAAAUUCUCUCAGAUCCUCGCAAGGAAAACUGUAUCCUCUCAAAUGUGACGUCAGGAAGGAAUCAGAUAUUAAGGAGGCCUUUAAAUGGGUUAAGUCUAACCUUGGAGGAACUGACAUUCACGUUAACAAUGCCGGGGUCGCCGAUUACAACAAUCUCAUAGAUGGACCGUCAGAGAACUGGAGGAAAAUCAUGGAAGUGAAUGUACUUGGUUACAGUAUAUGCGCUAAAGAAGCUUUGCAGUCCAUGAGGGAGAAAGGAGUGGAUGAUGGACACAUAAUAAAUAUGAGCAGUGAAACAGCUCACCAGAUACCCCCUUCGUUCUUCAUGUAUUCUGCCUCUAAACAUGCCGUCUCCGCGCUGACCGAGGGGCUGCGUCGUGAGCUGGUCAACCUCAAGUCGAAGAUCCGUGUCACAAGUAUCAGUCCCGGAACUGUAAGAACUGGAAUUGCGGAAGCCUCCAAAACUCCAAAAAAAAUGUUGGAAGCUUUUAAGAACAUGCCUUCCCUAGAACCGGAAGAAAUUGCAAAUGCGGUAUUGUAUGUCCUUGGCACACCACCACAUGUACAAAUUCAUGAGCUGAUUAUAAAGCCCAACGGACCAACGAUUUAAGAGAAUGUCAAAACCAUGGCUAAGAGGGUAGAAUAUAAUUCAUAGGUCUACUGGGUAGGGGUUUGCACCCCACAAAGCAUUGUAUUUGCCUUACUUUAUUUCUAAUAUUUGCUUCUUACACAACCAGAAGGACAUCGACGAAGAAAGGGACAAGACACGACUUCUUUGGCCGAAAUGCAUAAGUCAACAAAUCAUAGUUUCUGGUUUUCACGAUGAAUGAACGUGCUCAACCCUAAAAUAAUGUUGAAAUACACUGGUUUAUAAAAUUGGGAUAACAUAAUAUCUUUAAUAAGUAAGGAAUAAUUGUGUAUGACAAAAAAUGUUCUCACCAUAAAUUGUUAAUAAAUUAGUGUACUCUAAUA